GGCUCGAUGGCAUCCAGUCCUCGCAGCUAUGGUGGAUAGAGGAAAGGCGCUGCUGCUGCGGCCGUUAGUGCUGGCGACAAACAAGGUCACGUUGACCGGCUCCGCAGCAGCUUCAAAACGGAGCCGGACGCGCACGCCGGACGACAUGCGCGCACGCGGCUCCUUCGUCCUCUCUCUCUUCCAUGCCCAACCUCAUCUCGUCGCUCCUCGUCGAGCCCGUCGUUCGCCACGCGCGAAGGUUGUCUGGUACGCAGCAGACUCAUCCCGUCCCGGCGAUCGCCAAUGACGCGCGCCCAUCACGUGCAAAUUGCCCGUCGACGGGACAAGCAGCAGCGAGCCCCUCUGCGACAGGUGGGCUUGCCACGGGAGACAUCUCCACUCAUCAGGUCGACGGUGAAGCUGCGCCCGCCGUACCCCUCCUGCCCGCGCACGACGACUCCUCCAGCCUGAUCGCCACCCCUAUCCACGAGCCCCAUGCCGAAGUACCACCUGGGUCCACUGUAGCAGUUGGUCAUGUCAGGCUCACGUCUCCGGCUACGAGGGCAUCUCCUUCCUCGACGAACCCAGUUCCGCUGCAAGACGAGCGCUCCUCCAACCCCUCCUACGGCAUCCCCGAGCCUUUUCGACCUGGGCCGAGCCCGGACUCGCCGCGGGGUAGUACAAGCACAAUUGCAAUAGCACACUCGCAAUCGCGCCGAGGCCCCGGCCGUGCCCUAUCAUAUCCUACUUCGAAUAGCCCCUCUACAGCAGUCACAAUGUCCGAGUCCCUGCCGGCCGACGACGGCAUGCGCAUCUUGCGCCUGAAGAUCCACGAGAUCCGGGACAUGAAGACGUCAAACGAGGAGAAGGCGAAACAGAUGCACAACCUCAUGACGGAGCGCUACCAUGCCUUGCACGCCCAUCUAGCGCAACCUCGACCACGAUCGCCAUCGAGCAUCAUGUCUCAAGAGCGCCCGCUCACGCCCAGCUCCACCACGUCCGUCGUUGAUAGCCAUAUGCAUUUGUCGUCACCCGCAUCUCUGUACUCGGCAGCCGAUGAUGAAUCGCACUACAACCUUUCUGUGGAGGACAUGAAGCCCACCUUUUGCCCUCUGAAGGAGCGUGCGGCGUUGACGGAUAUUUCUGGUGAAGUCCUCGCUGUGGAAGAGGAGGAUGAAGAGCCAUCUUUCGGCUGUAAGCACUACAAGAGGAACGUCAAGAUCCAAUGCUUCGACUGCAAUCGUUGGUAUACAUGCAGGCACUGCCACGAUGAAAAAGAAACCCAUCAUUUGAACCGGCAGCAAACCCGGAACAUGUUCUGUAUGCUUUGCGCCACUCCCCAGCCGGCUGGAGAGUUUUGCAGAGCUUGCCAAGGACGCACGGCGUGGUGGUAUUGUGACAUUUGCAAGCUAUGGGACGACGACAACACGAAAAGUAUAUAUCACUGUCCCGACUGCGGCAUAUGUAGACGCGGCGAAGGACUUGGCAAGGACUUUGUCCAUUGCAAGCGUUGCAACGUCUGCAUUUCCAUCCAGUUUGCCCAAGAUCACCGCUGCAUUGAGAGAGCCACAGAGUGUGAUUGUCCAAUCUGUGGUGACUACAUGUUCACCUCUUCCACAGACGUGGUUUCCAUGCCUUGCGGACAUUACAUGCACCGCGACUGCUAUAAAGCGUACAUGGAAACCGCUUACAAAUGUCCCAUAUGCAAGAAGAGCUGCGUCAACAUGGAGCUUCAAUGGCGAAAGCUCGAGCACGCUAUUGAAACCCAGCCUAUGCCUGCCCAAUUCGCCGACACCAAAGUGGUCAUUCACUGCAAUGAUUGCUCUGUAAAGUCUACGGCCAAUUACCAUUGGCUCGGCAACCAAUGCGCUCACUGCGACUCGUUCAAUACAAACGAGGUACAGGUCCUCACGGGCAGAGAAUCUGAACAUAGUUCUGGGAUCGGCACGCCUACGGAUCCCAUAUCGAUCCCGAGAGCUAGGCCCCAGUCGCUAGCACCCGCGCCCGAUCUCACACGCAGAUCAUCUGGAUCGUACUUCUUCUUGGCGGAGAUGGAAGCCGAGGCCGAGCGCGAGCGCAACAGGCCAAGGUCGGUCGAUGUCGCAGGAAGCUCGUUCCUACCAUUCGAAAUUUUGCAGAGAGUUAGAUCGCUCUCGCCAGUUCGGCAUUUCCUUGGUGUUUCUGAUGACGACGCGGAUGACAUGGACGAUGAAGAAGAGGAAGAUGAUGAUGAUGAUGACGAUGACGAUAGCGAUCUGGAUGAAGAUGAAGAUUUGGAUGACGACGAAGAGCUUGACGAUGCAGAGGAAGACGUGCUCGAUGGACUUGAACUUAUUGGACACCGAUAACGGAGAGGUUCACGUAUGUGAGAUUGCGAUCAGCUUCAAGUGGUCAGAAGUUUGGCAUUUGGGCGUCAGGCUCGAGCGAUGGAGUAAGGAUAAAGCUCCGCAUGAGGAUUCUUUUUCACAAAGGCGCUUCGUUCGAGUUUUAGUAGGGCAGACUGUUAGCGGAGGCUUGGUUCUACCAUAGUUUAUGGGUUGGGGUUUGGUUCGGAGUAUGGGAUGGUCGGCGAUUAGUUCAUUACGCAAGAUACCUGGCAGGUAGGCUACGUAAAAUGAUUAAGAAAUUAAUGCGUUAAGUGAAUUAACGUUUGUCACUGUC